AUGAAUCAAACAAAGAAAAUAAGACUCUAUAGCCAUUACCUUGCAGCCAUUUUCCUCUUAGCUUUAGUCACAGCUGCUAUCUAUCUCACAGGUGAUGAAAAUGGAGUUAUGCUGCAAAAAACGAGCCCAUCAAAAUCAGAACAAAAUGCCGUUAAGGAAGAGAAUACGACACUCAAAGACUCUUUUCCGGGUUGCGAUUUGUCUUCGGGCAGUUGGGUUUUCGACAACGUUUCGUAUCCUUUGUAUGACGAGAGAGAGUGCUCGUUUAUGUUCGAGGAGUACGCAUGUCAAACGUACGGGAGAAAGGAUUCAAAGUAUCAGCAUUGGAGAUGGCAGCCUCAUGAUUGUGAUCUUCCAAGGUUUAAUGGCAGAGCAAUGCUGGAGAAAAUAAGGGGAAAAAGGAUUGUUUUUGUGGGUGACUCGUUGAAUAAGAACCAAUGGACAUCAAUGCUUUGUCUGAUCGAGCCUUUUCUUGGUCGAGCCUCGUCUAAAUUAGUGACCCGGGAAGGCAAUUCGCAUGUUUUCCGAGCCAAUGAAUACAAUGCCACAAUCGAGUUCUAUUGGUCCCCAUUGUUAGUCGAGUCGAACUGUGAUGACCCAGACGAACAUCGGGUGAAUGACCGUAUAAUCAGAAUUAAAUCCAUCGAGAAGCAUGCUAGGCAAUGGACGAAUGCGGAUAUACUAGUCUUCGACUCGUUUAUGUGGUGGCUCGACCCAACUAUGACAAUCUUGUGGGGAUCGUUCGGGAGCUCGGAUGCAAUCUACAAGAGAGUUGAAAUGAGACUCCGUAGAUAUGAAAUGGCGAUAAGCACAUGGUCCGACUGGCUCGAGAUCAACAUUAACCGAACAAAAACAAAGUUGUUCUUCACGAGCAUCUCGCCUUAUCACUUACAUGGCGAAAGGUGGGAUGUGGAGCAAAAUUGCUAUAACGAGACGGAGCCGGUGUUGAAGGAUGGGUAUUGGGGGGUAGCGACCGAUCGGGAGAUGAUGCAAGCGGUAGAGUCGACUAUAGAGAAGCUUGAGAAAAUAGGCUUAAAAGUCGAGUAUUUGAAUGUGACGAACUUGUCGGACUAUAGAAAGGACGGUCAUCCCUCGAUUUAUAGGAAAUUUCGUCAUCCGCCGAGCGAUGAGCAGCUGGCCGACCCAAAAAGCUACUCGGAUUGCGUACAUUGGUGCCUUCCGGGUGUGCCUGAUGUAUGGAAUCAUAUUCUCUUUUCCCAUAUUAUGAACUCAUAA